AGAAAUGGCCGUUUCGUUGUUACUCAUUUACACAUCGUCGUUGACCCAAAAAAAAAAAGCGAUCUCCAUCAUCAUUCUCUAAAUUCUUUUACAAACCCUAAAAAUCUCCAUCUUCUUCACCGUCGAAUCACUGCUCUCUCUCUCUCCACAGUCAAAAUCCAAAACCCAUUCUUCACUCUCUUCGAUUUCUCAAAAAUCGAUUUUGAAAUUUACUUUAACAACACCGUAAAAACCCUCCCUCCAUUCGCAUUGUUGAAGUUAAAAUUGAAAGGGGAGAGAAUGAAUAUCCAGAGGAAGUAAGAGAAAAGGUGUAACUAACAUGAAGCUAUCCAACAUCCCACAACGCUAUGUCAUAGUCUUCUUGACUUUCCUCAGCACCUCCGUCUGUUACAUUGAGCGUGUUGGCUUCUCUAUUGCAUACACCGUCGCUGCUGAUGCUGCCGGAAUCAACCAGUCAAGCAAAGGAACCAUACUCUCCACUUUCUUUAUUGGCUACGCUUGCUCUCAAGUCCCUGGAGGUUGGGCUGCUCAGAAGAUUGGUGGAAGGAAAGUCCUCCUUAUGUCGUUUAUUCUAUGGUCGUCUACUUGUUUCUUGGUUCCUCUUGAUCCGAACCGAGUCGGGCUCUUGGUUUUCGCCCGUUUGCUUGUGGGUGUUGCUCAAGGUUUCAUCUUUCCUUCUAUCCACACUGUUUUGGCUCAGUGGGUGCCUCCUCAUGAGAGGUCUAGGCUGGUUUCGAUAACGACUUCGGGGAUGUAUUUAGGUGCAGCUUUGGGAAUGUGGUUGCUCCCUGCUUUGGUUGAGUUUAGAGGUCCUGAAUCAGUUUUCAUAGCAGAGGCGUUAGCUGGUGUUGUGUGGUCAUUGCUUUGGAUUAGGUACGCUACUGACCCGCCUCGGUCUGAGCAUCCGAAAGCCGCUGCUGCUGGAUUUGGAGGUGCUCUCUUGCCAACUAAUGUCAACCACAACCAUAGAGUUACUCACAUCCCGUGGAAGAAGAUAAUGCUCAGCUUACCCGUUUGGGCCAUUGUGGUUAACAAUUUCACAUUCCAUUACGCUUUAUAUGUGCUGAUGAACUGGCUUCCGACCUACUUCGAGCUGGGGCUCAAGGUCAGUCUUCAGGGAAUGGAUUCGUCGAAGAUGGUGCCGUACCUCAACAUGUUUGUAUUCUCCAUUGUUGGUGGGUUCAUUGCAGACUAUCUGAUCACCAAGAGAAUACUCUCUGUUACCAGAACACGCAAGUUCUUGAACACGGUUGGGUUCUUAGUCGCUUCAGCGGCGUUGAUGGCUUUGCCUCAGUUUAGAACCUCCAACGGUGUGAUCUUGUGUUCCUCUGUGGCUCUUGGGUUUCUGGCAUUAGGGAGAGCCGGUUUUGCGGUGAACCAUAUGGAUAUUGCUCCCAGAUAUGCAGGAAUUGUGAUGGGAGUUUCGAAUACUGCUGGGACAUUAGCUGGAAUCAUUGGUGUUGAUUUGACUGGGAAGCUUCUUGAAGCUUCUAAGUUGAUCUACUCCGAUUUGUCACAUCCAGAGAGCUGGAGAGUUGUGUUCUUCAUACCUGGUUUGCUCUGUAUCUUUAGCACGGUUGUGUUUUUGUUGUUCUCUACAGGAGAAAGAAUCUUUGAUUGAAUGGGAUCAAAGAUUAUGAGAAACCCUUAUCAAGAUUAGUUAGUAGAACCCUCUUACAUUUGAAGAUCCAUUGAAACCUUUUACUCAGGCUCUUCAUUGGUAAUUCUUUUUUUUUUGGGUGAGUAAACUUGAAUCACACCAAGAGUUUCAUUAUUAGUUGAUCUUGCAAUAUACUAUGAAUAAGAAUAAAAAUCUGUAGUUGGAUAAUCAUUGAGGGGUUAUAUUUGGAUAUUGUAAAAUUUUCGAGUUUUUAUAUACAAUUGUAAGAAUUUAUGAGGAA